GUCUGGUCCAGUUCGAAUCAAAUUAGCAAUCAAUUAUGAAGCUACUCGCGGUAAUCAUCGCAUUCGCUGCCAUUGUUCUGAUCUCAACGACAUCCGGUGAACCAAGCCCCCGGACCCUGCAGGAUGAUUUCGAUGAGUUUGUCGAACUACUGCCGUUCGAUAAAAUCAUAGACGUGGCAUUGAAAUACAUCCUCACCGAUAAGGAGGUCCAGGAAGCACUGCAGUACCUGCUGGGACCGGAGUUCUCCACCAUCUGGGAUCAAGUGUUUGCCCUCAAGGAAGUACGCGAUGUGUUGGAUUAUUUGGAACAGGCAGGUGUUGAUGCGUAUGCAUUCUUCAACGAUUUGGCAGAUCUGCUGGGUUUGAAUCCGAUCAAACCUGGUGUGUCGAUGCGUCAAUCGGUCAGCACUCGAGGUUUGAACAACUUGAUUGAUGAUGUACUGGCUCAACUUCCGAAAGACGAACUGUUGGCUCUGUUUGAGCACAAGCUGGAAACCAGUGCUGAAUUUAAGGCGUUCUUCGACAAGCUAAAAAGCACUGAUUUUGAGAAACUGGUGGAGUUUGCUGGUAAUUCUACCGAGCUGCAAUCAUUGUUCCAAAAACUGCGAGAUCAUGGAGUCGAUGUUGAUAAGUUCUUUGAACUUGUUCAAGGAUUCUUUGGGUGGGGCUUCUAGUAAAUCUAUGGUAGCUAAGU